CCAGGCCCCUGCGUGCCUUUGCCGUACCAGCGUGCGCAAGAAGUCAUGGCCGGUUUGCUCAGGUCAGCCGUGUGGUGUCGUUCACGCCUGUUUCUCUGGCGAGGGGCACGCGCCAUUGCGGGCCCCUUUCUGCAGCCGUUGUCUUCGGCCACCCUCCGCAGCGGUAGCAGCAGCCCCGGCAGCGCAUUCCUGAUCUACCCAACAAGGCUCUUUACAGUUGCAGUCCAAGAAAAGAGAGAUGUUCAAGAGCAGUUCCCUAUUCAACAAAAGCAGAUACAAUUUUUUGAGUGGGCCUUUAACAAAAUGGACACUUCUAUCAGAAAAAAUGGGUGCAUUACUAAAUCCCUUUUAAUGAACAUAUUUCAUGAUGCCUGCAGAACAGGAUUUCCAAAUGGUAACCAGGCCUUGCUGUUGUUAAGAAGUUGUGGCUCAUUGUUGCCUGAGCUACCUCCGCAUGAAAGAUCAGCACUUGUUCAUACCAUGUGGACAAAGCUGAAAGAUAUAGGUGUUGUAUUUGACGUAAGCCAUUAUAACGCUUUGCUGAAAGUUUAUCUCCAGAAUGAACAUGCUUUCUCUCCAGAUGAAUUCCUAACAAAAAUGGAAGAGGCAGAUGUUCAGCCUAAUCGAGUCACAUACCAGCGACUGAUUGCUGCCUAUUGCAACAAAGGAGACAUUGAUGGUUCCAGCAAAAUUCUUAAUAUCAUGAAAAGCAAAGAUCUCCCAAUCACAGAGUUGAUUUUCAGCGCCCUUGUGACUGGCCAUGCAAAAGCUGGAGAUAUGGACAAUGCAACAAACAUCCUUUCUGUCAUGAGAGACACUAAAAUUGAACCUGGUUCGGAGACUUAUUUGGCACUAUUGAAUGCAUAUGCUGAGAAAGGUGACAUAAACAAUAUUGAAGAGGAACUGAGAAACAUUGAGAAGGCUGAAAUUUAUCUUUCUGAAAGAGAUUUUAUGGAUAUCAUUUUUACUCUUGCUAAGGCAGGAUAUCCUCAGUAUGUACAAAAUAUUCUGGAGAAGAUAAAAUAUAAUAAGGAAAGCAUACCAGAUGUAAAGAAUCUUUGCCUGAGAUUAAUAACAUCUAACUUAGAAGAUACAGCUUUUGAAGUACUGAAAUCAUUUUUUGUGGCAUUAGGACUCACCUGUGAAAAACACAGUGGCCAUUGCAACUUUUUUUUACAGCACUGUAUAAACAUGGAAAUGCCCUUGGCUAAGUUGAAAUAUUUCUGCAAUGAGCUAAAAGCAAGCAACUUACAUCUUACACCUCUAUUGUCGAGUUUAUCCUUUGCACUGGAAGCAAAGAAAACUGAUUUGUCUGUUGGUAUAAUGAAGAUAAUAAAAGAAGAAGGCUUAUGUCUUAAACCUCACUAUUUCUGGCCAUUACUGGCUCAGCACCAGGAAAAGAAAAACACUGAAGGUGUAGUUGAUGUCCUCAAAGCAAUGGAUGAAUUGGAGGUGAAGCCAAAUACAGACACAUAUUUAAUAUAUGUUUUUACAAAUUUGGAUAACCUCGACCCUGUUCGCCACUGGAUUCAGGAAAAAGGUUGUCCUAUUGAAGCCAGUACAUUCUUAGCAGCAGAAAUCAGGCAUGAAGCUUCUCAUGGAAGACUGGAUAAAGUUUAUGAGUUAUUGUCUUCCCCAAACAUCCAGCCAAUAGACAGGAAUCAUAUCAGGAACAGUAUAGUGCUUGGAUUCAGAAGGUGUGCUGAUGUUGAUCUUUGGAACAAGAUAACAGAGCUGUUGUAUAUGGAGGAACAGAAGGCUCAGCAAGAAACUGAAAAUAUUGGCCGUUUUCUUUAUGUCUUGAUUGACAACAUGACUGACUCAGAGGUACAGGACAAGGAGGAGCAGUUGAGACAAUACUUCCAUCAGCUGCAGAAGAUGAAUGUAACAGUCCUUCCGAACUACUACAAAGGUAUUCGCAAACUGCUGAUUGAAUACAACGUUCCCAGUUUAAUUAAGUCCUUGAUUAGUCCACAUCAAUUGGAGGAGAAACUUCAACAACUUGAAGCUGAAAACAAACCCAUUGGAGAUGUUCUAAAGAACUUCAUAGUUGCACUGUGUUCAGAAAAGAAUAUGCAGAAAGCUCUUGAAGUAAAAGCCAAAUAUGAAUCUAGCAUGAAUGCUAUGGGUUAUGGAGCCUUAAUACGCCUUUACUGUCAAAAUGAUAAGGUAGAGGAAGCAAUGAACCUGAAAGAAGAAUUUUGUUGUAAAGAUUCGUCUGAUGUUCUUGAAUUAAGCACUUACAUAGAAUUGAUUAAGAUUUUGGAGAAACAUGAAAGACUACAUGAUGUUAUUAACAUUUUAAAGGAGAUGAAAGAGAAGAGUGUCUGGAUUAAAGAUUCAGCUGUCACACAAUGUUUCCAUAUCCUUAAUAGUGCAGCCCUCAAAGGUGAAGUUGAAAAGGUGAAUUGGCUGCAUGAGGCUAUGGUAGGCCUGCUGUUAUUAAAGCCUACUGUAAAUCUGUGUGCUCCCCUCGUUACUGUUCACUUGAAAAGGGAUGACUUACCAACUGCUGUGGAAGUUUUAUUUGACUGCUAUAGGAAAUAUGGUGCUCUUCCUAGACUUCAUGAUAUCUUGUGCGGAUUAAUAGAGAAGGGAGACACUGAAACAGUGAAGAAAGUUGUUGACUUUCUCACUGAAGAAAGAAGACAAAUGGGAAUGAUGUUUGAUCUCUUCUUUGCCUUUGUGGCAACUGGCAAAUAUAAAGAAGCCAAGAAGAUCAUUGAGACACCUGGCUUAAGAGCAAAACCAGAAAGACUGGAAUGGUUUGCAAACAGAUGUAUUGCAAAUAAUGAGGUUGACGGCUUGGAAACCAUGGUAGCACUGACUCAAAACCUAUUUGAUUGUGAUAGAGAUAAGAUGUAUUAUUCUCUCUUAUUAUUAUGCCAGAAAAAUAAUGAUUUGGGAAAGGCUGAAUCUGUUUGGACUAAAAUGCAGGAAGAAAACAUUGUUCCCCGUUCAAGAACUUUGCAUUUGCUAGGACAAAUUUUUAAAGCUAAUAAUCAGAAAAUUCCAUUUACUGUACCUGAGAAUUGGUAUGAAAGGGAUGUUGAUUCUACACCGUUUGGCUUGUCAUCGUUUCCUCAGCAAAUAGAUAAUGUUAAUGAAAAAAUACACCAAUUUUGCAGAACGGGUAAACAUAAAGAGGCAUACAGACUUUUUCUAAUGGCAAAGGAUGUUGUACUUAGUGUCAGUUGUUAUAACAAACUUAUCAAAGCAUUACUCAGCCAUGGUUCUGUUACAGAAGCAAUGGAAGUAAAAAAAAUCGCUGAGAACCACAUCAAGGGCUUCGUGCUGAACGAUGCUGCCAGCAGCCUCCUCAUCUUAACGCAAGUUAGGCGGGAUUAUUUGAAAGAAGCAAUGUCUUCUCUCCAGACCCUUCUUAAAAAUAAUAAGGAACCCACUCAACUAGCAGUUACUCGGCUUGUUCAGGCAUUCGCUCAGAAGGGAGAUGAAGAGAGUAUAAGGGAAAUUGAGAAAUUAAUAGAACCCCUCCAUGGGACUCUUAAAUUGCGAAGAAUGCUUUUCAUCAACAACACCGUGUUGGCUCGCAUUAAGAAUAAUAACUGUGAUGCUGCUACAGAAUACAUUGAGGAAAAAUUCAUUUCUAGACAGCUGACUGAAGAUGCAGACAUAUCCUUUGUAUUCAAAAAAUUGAUGGAGGACCAAGAGGAAACAGCUUUGGAAAAACUGGGUGCCGUGGCUGAAAGAUUGGCAAAUCAGUUUGGAAUUUAUAAGCCUGUUACAAACCUUUUCUUUCAGUACAUAGAGCAAGGAAGAGUGAAUGAUGCUGAGCUUCUUCUACAGAGAAACAAAGCAAUAGGUGAACAAAGGAGUUACAUCAUAGCUUUUCUUAUACGGAAAGCCAAGACCAAAGGACAGAGCAAAAUAAUCAAGACUUUAUGGGACCUGAUACCUGAUCUCAAAGAUGAAAACAUUCUGUGCCACUACCUCAUGAAAAGCUACUACUUAGAAAGGGAUGUAGUUUCUUCUAAAGCUCUGUAUGAAAAAAUGAAAGCAAAAAGUAUGGACUUAAACGAGCUGUCUUUGAAACGUUUGGCAAACCUUCUGAGAGAAUCUGGAGAACCCGUUCCCUUCACUGAACCUCCUGAGAGCUUCACAUUCUACGCAGACAAGUUAAGGAAUGAAAAGGAGUCACAUUCAACAGAUGAAGAUUAACCUUUUAAUAUAUUAACUUCUGUUAGAAAUACUGUGAUGAUUGUAAAAGACCCUGUUUGAAAUUCUGUGUUAUUGUCAGAGAGAAAAAUAAAGAUGAAAAAAAUAGGA